GUCGCUAAUGUGAAUACGUUCAGUACGUCAAACACAGCAGUGGUAAAUGAAGUGCUUUUCUGUUGUUGUACUGAACUUCGCUGUAGUAUUAGGAUUUUUCAGUCCCGCUUUUGCAAUUAUGUCUGCCGAAUGUCUCGCUAAAAUCCCAGAGGUUGAUUUAGAUCCCAACGGUGUCUUCAAAUACGUCCUUAUACGGGUGAACAGCAAAGACGACGAUUCAUAUGUUGAUAUUGUGAGAGGAUACGCAUGGGCCGAGUAUCAUGCUGAUAUCUAUGACCAUGUGGCUGAAGAACUGGAGAAAGGUGGAGGACUGGAUUGUGAAUGUCUCGGAGGUGGAAGAAUCAAACAUGACAGUGCUGCAAAAAAGAUCCACGUCUACGGUUAUUCUGUGGGAUUUGGGAAAGCGAAUCAUUCUGUUUCCACAGAGAAGAUAAAAAGCCAUUACCCAGACUAUGAGGUGACCUGGGCAGACGAAGGGUAUUGAAUGGGUUACAUGGGAUAAAUGACAGCUGCGAAUAAGGACACUAUUUCAAACUGAACUUCUUAACGUAGCUUUCAAGUCUUGAUGUGCCAAGGCUGAGAAAGUACAGAACUUGAAUACAUUUCUGAGAUGGAUGGAUGGAUGGAUGUAUGGAUGGGACGUUUACUCCAAAACUAGAAAGGUCACACUCAUGUCUGAUUGGUUUUUAAUUUAAUGUGUAGAUUAACACAUGGCAGCAAACAAAGAUAAAGUUUAUUUACUAGUUUAUUUUAUAUUCCUUUAUGUCCACUGGUCUUUAAAUAUGAUGAAAUAAAACAGGUUAUGUACUUCGUCCAAACCAUAAAAAGUUAUAUAGUGCAAUGUUGAUAUCCUGAAAUGAUAUUAAAGUCCAGAGAAGUGUUCUUUGAAAUUCCCACAAUCACUUAUUUGUAAUUAAUUUAAGCUGGAAGAAAUGUUUGGAUGUACUGUUAUCUUGCAAUAUCUUGGUAAGGUAGAUUACUGUGCUUAACUACAAAAUAUAAAUUGUGAUUUAAUGAUUUCUAAAGCACCAUACAAUAAAAGUCUUUCAUUAUCU